AUGGAUAGUUGCAAGGCAAUGUCUACUCCGAUGGGAUCCAAAACUUAUGUUGAUCAAGAUGAAUCAGGUGUUUCGAUUGAUAUAACAAAGUAUCGAGGUAUGAUUGGUUCCUUACUUUAUUUGAUGGCAAGUCGUCCUGAUAUUAUGUUCAGUGUGUGUCUUUGUGCUCGUUUUCAAGCAAAUCCAAAAGAAUCACAUAUCACCGCUGUCAAAAGGAUCAUGAAGUAUCUCAAGGGAACAACAAAUGUCGGCCUAUGGUAUCCUAAAGGUAGUAUUUGCAAAUUGGUUGGUUAUUCUGAUGCUGACUAUGCAGGAUGUAAAACUGAUCGAAAAAAUACUAGUGGUACAUGUCACAUCCUUGGAAAUGCAUUAGUUUCGUGGGCUUGCAAGAAACAAGCAUGUGUUGCUCUAAGCACUGCCGAAGCAGAAUACAUAUCCGCAGGUAGUUGUUGCGCUCAAAUACUUUGGCUUAAGCAAUAA